UGGAGAUUUCGGAAUAUCCAUGAUGUGAAUAUUUGUAUGGCAUUGCUUCUCUUUGAAGUUAGUUCUUGAGUUUGGAAACGUUGUUUAGGUGUAAGGCCGACCCAACUCACGUCCCUUAGCAAUGGUGUAUUAAGUCGCAGGAAGAAUCCGAAAUAAUGGAAUUCGGCGCCCCAAAGACAAAAAGAGCUCGUCGUUCCGCUCGAGUAGAGUCAGCUGAACAUGUCGUGAAGAAGCUGAAGGACGAGUAUCCUCAUCCUCUUCAGUUCUAUGAAAACCCACCCAUUGACAAUUUGUCCUUGGAAGAGUUUCGCCAGUUUGCCGCUGAUCGAUAUGAAGUUUUGAGUCGCCUAUCAAACGCUAAGGCAUCUUUCGGCCGGGAAGGGACUAAACUGAAGGAUGCAAUCAAAGAUAUCACAACUAAGCGGCUCAAUCUCAGUACAAAGUCUCUAAUAAAAGAAGAGAAUGCUGGGGAGUCUGCAACGAUUCGUAUCGGCGAUGCAGCACAAGAUGAUGUGCAGGAGAGACAGGCAAAAGCAAUGUACGAGGAGAGAAGAAAGGAUCACGUCUCACACUUUAUCCUCCGCUUGGCCUUCUGCAGGACGGAAGAGCUUCGGCGGUGGUUUGUUGAUAAUGAGCUGGAGUUGUUCCGAUACCGCUUUGAAGCCAUGAUGGCAUCUCCGUCUGACAUAGCGCAGUUUCUUGUUACAGCAAAGAUGAGCUAUGAUGAGGUGUCUGAAGAAGAGAAAACUGCACAUAAGAAAGAAUUGUAUGGCAGCACAGGAAGUCGCUUCGAGGACUUGACAGCGACACCAUUUUACAAGGUUCCCUUUGUUCAGGCGUUUGAUCUUGUCAGCCGCAGGAGAGUGUUUCUGAAGGGGGGCAUUGCUUUUGUACCACUGCUCGACUUUGUUUCCAUCUUGAGCAAUGAGCUACGAACUCGCUUACAGAGAGCACUGAUGAUGACUGCUCGUAGCUUACCAGCUGUGGAGGAUGACUCCAGGAUAAGUCCACUUCUGAAGGGUAUCAGCCAGCUCUACACAGGAGAGGACUAUGCAACACCUAACACGAACGUCACUGGUACUAUCUCUCUCAAUCAACUUGAUGAUCUGUCCCGGAAGUCCUAUGCACCGUGCAUGCGCCAUUUGCACGAGACACUGCGUGAUAGACAUCACCUUAAACAUCAGAGUCGCAUGCAGCUUGGUCUGUUCGUAAAGGGCAUUGGUGUCACGCUCAACGAUGCACUGACAUUUUGGAGGUCUGAAUUUGUACAGUCUGCACGCGUUGGCCCGGAAAAGUUUGAAAAGGGCGGUUAUGCGUAUGGUAUUCGGCAUUACUUUGGCAAAGAAGGAAAGCGGAAAAGCAUCAGUCCAUACAGUUGCAUGAAGAUCAUCACUAGCAACGCUCCCACUGGUGACGAGACGCAUGGGUGCCCAUUCAGACACUGGGAUCCGGAUGUGACGAGGGCAAAGUUGAAGCGUUACGGAGUAGCGCAGUCCGUCAUAACAGAGAUCCUUGGCCUGGUUAAGGACCACCACUAUCAGAUUGCUUGCGGCCGCUACUUUGAAGCAACACACAAUGUUGCCAGUGGAACUGUAUCAAUCAACCAUCCGAACGAGUACUUCCAGAACAGCCAAAUCCGCCUUGCCGAGCUUGCUGAAGCUCUUCCAACGACUAAAGAGCCAUAGUUGAUGGUAGUGUGGUGCUGUGUUAUCCUGGUGGAAUGACGUUCCACUGUGUACAUAUUCGUUCUAGAAAUAUCAUACUUGUAGCAAGUAACAAUGGCUAUGUGUUGUUUGGCCAGGCGUGUUGGCCAUGUGUUCUUAGACCCCUUCCCCCACCUCCAUCGCAUAGAACUUCUUUUUAGCAACGUAAUAGAAUUUUAGUUGUUUGGUAUUGUAUAGUGCUGUCACUGCUACCACCUUUCGACUUUGUUGUGAGCAUGAUGCCACCAUGUCAAGAUUGUUUUUAUCAGCAGUGCUUUCACAACCAGCAUGCCAUAGUUUUAUUUUCACUUAUCUGCUUGAUUAUUCCCUGUCAUUGGCAUGUUUCGUUGUGCUUGUGUUGCAUUUCCACUGGUUCAGUUGUAGACGACAGUGUUUAUGAUUGUGUAUCACGGUGUUAUCGGCUGUAUGGUCACGCGUACAGUCUUGCUGAGAGUACACUGAGUGACUUCA